AUGCGAGUGCUACAGUUGAUCAUUUUGAUUGGGUUCGCAUCAAGCCUCGCUGUUGCCGCUGCUUCUACCGACUUUGGAACGACCGGUGUUGUAAAAGCCGGGUCGAAUGUUAAUGUUAAUCAUCUGUCUCGCGUGCUGUCCGCUGACAAAGCUAAGCGAUCACUACGACGGUCUGAUCUCGACAAGCAGCCCGAAACCGAUUCCGACGAUGAGGAGAGAGGUGGCCUUGACAAGGUGGACGACGUCGUAUCGAAGGUAGACGAUUUGGCAGGGCACGCCGGGAAGGGUCAGAGCAAUUUGGACGCUUUGAUUCAGAAAAAACUACGACGAAUUUGCUGA